AUGUUACAACACCUCGUGCGGCCGGUCAAUGUGUGUGCGCACUCUGAACAACACCUCGUGCGGCAGAGCCAUGUGUUUGCGUACUCAGAACAACACCUCGUGCGGCCGGGCAAUGUGCGUGCGUACUCAGAACAACACCUCGUGCGGCCGGUCAAUGUGUGUGCGCACUCUGAACAACACCUCGUGCGGCAGAGCCAUGUGUUUGCGUACUCAGAACAACACCUCGUGCGGCAGAGCCAUGUAUGUUCGCACUCAGAACAACACCUGGUGCGUCAGAGCCAUGUGUUUGCGUACUCAGAACUACACCUCGUGCGGCCAGGCAAUGUGUGUGCGUACUCAGAACAACACCUAGUGCGGCAGAGUCUUGUAUGUUCGCACUCAGAACAACACCUCGUGCGGCAGAGCCUUGUGUGUUCGCACUCUGAACAACACCUCGUGCGUCAGAGCCAUGUGUUUGCGUACUCAGAACAACACCUCGUGCGGCCAGGCAAUGUGUGUGCGUACUCAGAACAACACCUAGUGCUGCAGAGUCUUGUGUGUUCGCACUCAGAACAACACCUCGUGCGGCAAAGUCUUGUGUGUACGCACUCAGAACAACACCUCGUGCGGCAGAGCCAUGUGUGUUCGCACUCAGAACAACACCUCGUGAGGCACAGCAAAUCGUGUUCGCACUCAGAACAACACUUCGUGUGGCAGAGCGAUGUAUGCUCGCACUCAGAACAAGACUGCGUGCAGCAGAGCCAUGUGUGUUUGCACUCAGAACAACACCUCGUGCGGCAGAGCCAUGUGUAUGCGCACUCAGAACAACACCUCGUGUGGCAGAGUCAUGUGUGUUCGCACUCAGAACAACACCUCGUGCGGCAUAGGUCAUAUGUGUUCGCACUCAGAACAACACCUCGUGCGGCAGAGCCAUGUGUUUGCGCUCUCAGAACAACACCUCGUGCGGCAGAGCCAUGUGUGUGCGCACUCAGAACAACACCUCGUACGGCAGAGCCAUGUGUGUUCUCACUCAGAACAACAUCUCGUGCGGCAGAGCCAUGUGUGUGCGCACUCAGAACAACACCUCGUGCGGCAGAGCCAUGUGUGUAA